AUGGCCAUCGUUGGAGGCAGGAAUAUAAGUGUUUGCAUUGGGUUGUUUACUGCAACUGCCACCUGGGUUGGAGGAGCGUACAUCAAUGGCACAGCUGAAAUUGUCUACCUGCCUUCCAAAGGACUGCUGUGGGUCCAAGCACCUGUGGGGUUUGCCCUGUCCCUUGUUAUUGGUGGUUUCUUCUUUGUAAAUCCAAUGAGAUCCAAGAAUUACAUGACAGUGAUGGAUCCCCUUCAGGAAGCAUAUGGGAACAUGAUGGGAAGCUUACUUUUUAUUCCUCCACUGCUUGGAGAGGUGUUCUGGUUUGCAGCUAUCCUGGCAUCUCUGGGAGCAACAAUGAGGGUCAUCUUGGAUAUCGGAGGCUCUUUAGCUAUCACCCUCUCAGCAUGCACGGUCAUACUCUACACUCUACUGGGAGGCCUCUACUCUGUUGCAUACACAGAUGUCAUCCAGUUGGUUUUCAUUACCCUGAGCCUGUUGGUCUGUAUUCCCUUUGCCCUGAUAAACUCUGCAACAGAAAGUAUUUACUACACUGCAACUCAUAAACAUUACCAAGACCCUUGGAUUGGAAAAAUAGAAAAGCAAUACCUUGGAAGGUGGCUGGAUGACUUCUUCUACCUGGUGCUUGGGAGCAUCCCAUGGCAAACUUUCUUCCAAAGAGUGCUCUCCACUGCCUCACCCAGCCAGGCAAGGUUCAUCUCCUACCUCUCUGGACUAGGAUGCUUUUUAAUGGCCAUCCCCUCCGUGCUCAUUGGUGCAGUUGCAGCAUCAACAGAUUGGAACCAGACGAGCUAUGGUCUUCCAAGUCCACUUGAGAGAGGAGAAUCUGCUAUGAUAUUGCCAUUUGUUUUGCACUACCUCUGCCCAGCAUACAUCUCCAUUGCUGGCUUGGGAGCCAUCGCUGCUGCUGCAAUGUCUUCUGCAGACUCAGCUCUUCUCUCUGCUGGCUCCAUGUUUGCUCACAAUAUCUACAGAAAAAUCUUGAGGAAAAAGGCUACAGAGAGGGAGGUCUUAUGGGCCAUGAGGACCUCCAUGCUGGUGUUUGGGGCUGGGGCUGCCAGUCUGGCUUUUUACUCCAACUCAAUCUAUGACCUGUGGUUCCUCAGUGGGGAGCUGGUGUAUGCCCUACUCUUCCCACAGCUGUGUUGUGCCCUCUUUGCUCCCAGCAGCAACACGUAUGGUUCGGCUGCUGGUUUCUUGGUUGGACUCCUCCUGAGGCUGCUGGCAGGGGAACCUGCCCUGAAAAUCCCCCCCACCAUCUGUUAUCCAGCCUGCUCCCUCCUGGAUGGAUCCUACGUGCAGCUCUUCCCCUAUAAGACGUUCACCAUGCUUCUCACCUUGGGGACAAUCAUUGCUGUUUCAUAUCUGGCAACAGUUUUGUUUCAGAGAAACCUUCUUCCCCGCAGAUGGGAUGUUUGCAAUGUCCUGGGGGAAACCAGCACUCACACCCCCCUGCGUCAGAUGGACAAACAGACAGGUUUGCAAACAGUGCCAUUGGAAGAGAAUCGUGAUUAA